UUGUAAUUACCGAUGUCGAGACUCCCAGGAGAUAUCAUGGUUGAUAUUCUUGCGAGGUUACCAGUGAAAUCCAUUUUGAGAUUUAAGUGCGUGUGCAAAUCAUGGUGUCAGCUAUUCGAUGACAUAAAGUUCUGCAAAAGGCACUAUGAUGCCCAGAAGAAAAGCAAUAAUCCGAUUAAGAUUCUUGCUUGCAAGGGAAACGUCCUGUAUUCCAUAGAUGCUUAUAACUCAAUACUAUCUGGGGCUGUUGAGAUUGGCGAUUACCCGUUCUACAACAAAAACAAGUAUGAUAAAAAGUAUGAGUCUGCCCUCGGUAUUGUGGGUUCUUGUAAUGGCUUAGUUUGCAUACGUCCAACGCUAGAUCUAUUUUGCUUUUGGAAUCCGUCUACUAAGCAACACAAGAUUGUACACAAGGUACAACUGCUUGAUGAAAACCAAACGCCACUCUCCUGGUGUAUGUAUGGAUUCGGUUAUGACCUCAAGACUCAGGAUUACAAGUUGGUGAGAUUUGAAAGCUUUUAUGAUAUAACUCGUGCCACUCAAACCAAGGUCUAUUCAUUAGCAUCAAAUUCGUGGAGUACUGCUCUGCAUAACAUCCCUUAUACAAUCCCUUGCCGAGCAGAGCAAAGACCAUUGUACUUCAACGGAGCUCUUCACUGGUUAACAGACGACUCCAAAGUUUUACUUUCUUUUGAUCUUGGAGACGAGACAAUUCGUGAAGUUCCGGGGCCAUUAUUCAAUAACAACAGCUAUCGCAAAUAUGUGGACGUGUUGGGAGGGUGUCUUUGCAUCACAUGUAUCAUCCCGAGGGAUCGCGGGGAUGUAUGGGUUAUGAAGGAGUAUGGAGUGACAGAAUCUUGGUCUAAAGUAUUCACCAUUCCUCAACGAGCAAUAAAUUUUGCCCACUUCAGGCCGAUGGAGUAUGUACGAAAUCGAGAACAAAUUCUGCUAAGUGUUCGAUUAAAAAAUACAAAUAUCAGCAAUGUCUUAGUUUGCUAUAACCCAAAGCGUAAAAGGGCAGAAAUUCUAAAGAUCCAUGAGAGUACUGAUCCCGAAUGGUUGUUUGCCUAUACUUAUGAGGAGAGUUUAUUCUCUGCACGCCAUAAGCAGAACUCAGGUGGUAUUCUCCAUUUUUUGGAGGAUGAUCGAGUCGAACAAGAAGAAGCGUCACAUGAUCACAAGAGAAGAAAGGUUGCAAGUUGA